UUAGCUCGCAACCCCCAGAUCGGCGAGCUCCGGCCCUUGCACCCCCGGCCCCCUGCGGGCCCGCCGCAGCGGGCAGCGGGGGCGGGGAUGGUGAACCUGGCCUCGAUGGUGUGGAGGAGGCUCCUGAGGAAGCGCUGGGUGCUCGGCUUGGUCUUCGGGCUGUCUCUCAUCUACUUUCUCACCAGCACCUUCAAGCAGGAAGAGAGGGCAGUGAGAGACCGGAAUCUCCUCCAGGUACAAGACCGGGAACAGCCCAUCCCGUGGAAAGUGCAGUUCAACCUGGGCAACAGCAGUCGCCCAAGCAACCAGUGUCGGAACUCCAUUCAAGGGAAGCUUCUCAUCACGGAUGAACUAGGUUACGUCUGCGAGAGGAAGGACCUGCUCGUGAAUGGCUGCUGUAACGUCAAUGCCGCCAGCGCCAGGCGCUUCUGCUGUGAUGGCUGCUUGUCCAACGGCUGCUGUGGCGCCUACGAAUACUGUGUCUCCUGCUGUCUACAGCCCAGCAAGCAAUUACUCCUAGAACGGUUUCUCAACCAGGCUGCAGCAGCAUUCCAAAAUCUCUUCAUGGCGGUGGAAGAUCACUUUGAGCUGUGUCUGGCCAAAUGCAGGACUUCAUCUCAGAGUGUGCAGCAUGAGAACACCUAUAGGGACCCCAUUGCAAAAUAUUGCUAUGGAGAGAAUCCACCGGAACUCUUCCCUGCAUGACGAGGAACAAGAGCGGACAGAACUGUGCCCAGGAGGCCGGAAUGGAAGAAAGAGGAGACCUGAAGACCCCAGCCUGCAUUUGGGGCACCGGGGGGUAUCUCUUCAAACCCAAAAUGAGCCCAUGGGUUAGAAGACUUACCCCUCCAGUGUGUCGGGCCUCUGCCUGCCCCCGUGCGAGCUGGAGGAUGGCGCUGGAAGGGGCCGAAGGAAACCAGGACCCUCCCUCUGCUGCCCACCCUUGUCCCUGACUGAACACCUUAGCCGUGCUGGGCAGCCAUGGUCUCUCCAGCUGCAGCUUAAAAGGAUCCAGCCUCAAACAGAGCAGAUUCCCCCUCCCUCCCUCCCUUUCCUCCCCUACCUCCUCCAUUCCCACAAAAGGGACCUGGGAGUUGUGCCCCUUUGGUUGGGCUUUGGGGUACAAUAUUCCACUGGUGGCCCAAGCCCCGGCUUUGUACAUAACUGUAAAUUAUUUAUUAGACUGCUUUGGGAUAUUAGAAAAUGGGAGUAUUUCCUGCAGCCAAAACCCAUUGCCUUUCAGCUUCUAGUCAUGUGUCCCAGAGCAAAAGGUUCGAUUUCUGCUGGUUCCUUGUGUAAACAUGUUUUGUGACUUAAAAGGACCUAUUUGUGCCCAUCCAGUCGUUUUUCUGCAGGGGCCCGGCCUUCUCCCCUCGGGGCUCCGGUUUUUCGUCCAGUGAAAUGUCUUCUCGAUAUCGGCCCCCUCUGCCUUCAGCCUAAUGUGCAAAAGCAUUUGAUACCUCCCAAGGGACAUGACUGCUUGAACCUGCGCUAGGCCAGCUGCUCUCCCCUUAGGUUUGGCUCAUUCCCUGGCAUCCGAGAGAACAUUUUCCCCAAGGAUGUUGUGCCGGAAUCCCCCUUCUUCCUGAUGCUCCGCGUCCUGCUGCUCCCCUUGGGAAGGCCUUGGGGAAACGAGCCCCGUGUCCGGAAGGGGCCAAAGAUGCCGAGGAUGGCCCUGCAGGGACCGUGUGGCAAGCGGGCCAUCUCACUUCUCCCGCAUCAGCUUCCCCAGCCCCCCGGGCCCCAAACGUUCCCAGCUUUGAGGGGCUUCGGUCUGUUUCUGUGUAUUAGAGGGGAGCGAGAAAAGGGGUGGCCCCUUCUGUACGCCAGGAGUGUUUGUCACGUGCGCUCCCCAGGCCGGUCCAGCAACUCCCAGCCCUUUGAGCUAAGGAAGAGUGGCAAGUGAUUGUCGUUGAGAGAGCGUUGGUCUGAGAUUCAGAUCCAGUUGCAGUAUUCAAGUCUCCACUCCACCACUUGUUUGAUAUGUGAUCUUUGGCAAAAGAUCUCCUGAUCUCAGUUUUACCAUCCAUAAAAUGGAAGGGGCUGGAUUGGAAUAUCUGUAAAGUUCCUUUUAAACUUGAUCCUCUGUUUUAACUUCCUGUCCCUUCCAGGCAAGCCCCACUCCCCUCUGUUCUGGUGCUUUCUUGGUCUGUUGUCCUCUGUGCUAGGAGUUCUCCUGCCCAGCUUUGCUUCUUGCUCCGCAGGCUAAGCUUUCCCCCCUUCAAGCUUUGCUUUUUGCUCUAAGUGCUAAGCUCUCCCCCAGCUUUGCUUCUUGCUCCAGUUUAAGCUCUCCCUCCUGCAAGCUCUGCUGCUUGCUCCAAGUGCUAAGGACUCCCCCAGCUUUGCUUCUUGCUCCGCAGGCUAAGCUCUCUCCCCUCCAAGCUUUGCUUUUUGCUCUAAGUGCUAAGCUCCCCUCUAGCUUUGCUUCUUGCUCUGCAGGCUAAGCUCCCCCCCCCCCCCAGCUUUGCUUCUUGCUCCACAGGCUAAGCUCUUCCCCCUGCAAGCUUUGCUGCUUGCUCCAAGUGCUAAGGGCUCCCCCCAGCUUUGCUUCUUGCUCCGCAGGCUAAGCUCUCCCCCCUCCAAGCUUUGCUUUUUGCUCUAAGUGCUAAGCUCCCCGCUAGCUUUGCUUCUUGCUCUGCAGGCCAAGCUUCCCCCAGCUUUGCUUCUUGCUCCACAGGCUAAGCUCUUCCCCCUGCAAGCUUUGCUGCUUGCUUCAAGUGCUAAGGGCUCCCCCCAAGCUUUGCUUCUUGCUCCAUGGGCUAAACUCUUCCUUUCUGCAAGCUUUGCUUCUUGCUCCCAAGGCUAAACUCUCCCCCCUGCAAGCUUCGCUUCUUGCUCCUAGUGCUGACUCCCCCUACCCCAGCUUAGCUUCUUGCUCUAAAUGCUAAUGUGCCCCCCCCAGCUUUGCUGCUUGCUCCCGAGUGCUUAGGGCAACCCCCUCCCCCCCUGCUUUGCUUCUUGCGCCAAAUGCUAACCUUCCCCCCCUCCCAGCUUUGUUGCUUGCUCCAGGUGCUAAGAGCUCCCUUCUCCCAGCUUUUCUGCUUGCUUUGUGUGCUAAAGGCUCCCCUUCCUAGCUUUGCUGCUUGCUCUAAAUCCUAAGGGUCCCCUCUCCCCAAGCUUUGCUACUUGCUCAAGGUUCCUCCCCCAGCUUUGUUGCUUGCUCCAAGUGCUAAGGGUUCACCGCUUCCCAGCUUUGCUGCUUGCUUUGUGUGCUAAAGGCUCCCUCCCAGCUUUGUUCCUUGCUUCGAGUGCUAAGGCGCCCCCCCCCCACCUCAGCUUUGCUGCUUGCUCCGAGUGCUAAGGCUCCUCCCCAGCUUUGCUUCUUGCUUCAAGUGCUAAGCCCCCCCCCCCCCAGCUUUGCUCCAAGUACUAAGCACCCCCCCCAGCUUUGCUUCUUGCUCUGUGUGCUAAAGCUCUCCACUCCCCCCCCAGUUUGUUCCUUAUGCUAGGAGCCCCCCUUUUUGUUUCUUGUGCCAAGGGCUCACCCCCUCAACAUACACACGUACCUUUGCUGCUUGCUCAGUACGCCAUGUACAACCUCUGAUGCUUUCCAGAAACUCAGAAAUGAGUUCCUCCUCCUUCCCAAUCUUUCCCACCUAAAUCUGAAGCUUUCUUGGUUUGAGCAAGUGCUGAUACUUUUUGGGGAGCAUACAGAGGCCUGCAUCCCCUCUUGACGCCCUCCUUGUUCUAAAAGAUCUCCCCAAUCUUGUCCUUCCCCCAACUUUGAUGCUUUGAUGUGUGGAAGGAUUUCCCCUAGCUUGGAUGCUUUUUUGGUUUGGGGGCCAAGUACUUGUCCUCCCCAAACCUCUGGUCUUUUCCUUCUCUGUGUACUUAGGGCCCCACCUGAUGUCCCCCCAAAUAGUAAAAACUCUGAUGCUUUCUUGGUCUGUGUGCUAAGACUCCCCCCCCCCAGUUUUGUUACUUGAUCUGUAUGCUAAGGACUCCCCCCUUCCCCUCAAACUAACAAAAAUUGUGAUGUUCACUUGGUCUGUAUGCCGAAGCUCCCCUUCCUCCUGGUAGUCUCUCUCCCCAGCUUUGAUGUUUGCUCUGGGUGCUAGGGGCUCCCCUCUCCCCCCACGCUGCUGUUUGACAUUGAGUGUCUCGUAUUUGUGAUGAUCCUGUUAACAUGAAUUUUGUAUAAAGUCUCAGUCUUUCUCACUGUUAGUGCACACGUACAAGCUUGGGUCUCCCUCCUCCCAGUCCCACUUCGCUGGGGGUAGGGUUCCCUCCCGCCAUCUUGGAUUCAAGUGUGAUGGAGAGCACUAGGCUUGACUCUCUGUCCCCUGUGAGUCCGCUCACCAUCGUGUCAAAUAACCAUCGUCCUAUGUUUCUGUCCAUGACUUCAUUAGACACAAUAACCCUGGAAAGGUUGAUUAUCAGGUAGUACUAUCCCCAUUCUCUAAUGAACGAAAUUGAGACUUAUCAUUGGUGCCCAGGGUCACUUGGAUAGUAAUUGUGAGUGGGGAAGGCAGGGUUCAAAUUUGGGUCUUUUCACUCCAUGUGUCAGCAUUCUUCACACUCAUCAUAUUUCUGAAGGGAUUUCCUUCAUUUUCCACCCUCCUCUUCCUCCCCUCCCCCCCCAAGGAAAGUCAUCCUUGGGUAGGAUGACCUAAUAAGCGUUUUAAGCCGGCGACUUGAUUGAAGACCCCUUUGUUUUUGCCUUUUCCUCUUGGCACUAGCCUUUGUGUUUGGGUGGGACAUUUUCUGUAUGUAACGUGUUUUCAAUGGUGCUGAAUUAAUAAAAUUUGUCUCUCAAAACAA